AUGAAAUUCCUUCUCCUUGCUAUCAUCGCCAGUGUUGCUGGAGCCUUCGCUCCUUCCAGUGGAAUGGCUCGUCAAGCCACACAGCUUCAAGAAAGUUUCGGACUUGGUCUUGGUGAGGAUACUUACGAGAACCAACCAGAUUUGUUGAAGGGUGAAGCUGAAUACAAGCAAUACAUGAACCAAGUCAAGGAAGACAACAUGUUGAACCGCAAGUACAACGUUAUUCGUCGCGUUCGUGAACUUGACCUGCUUCAAGCAACCAUCGAUGCCGGGGUUCUUUCCAAGUUGGAGAAGAACGGUCUUGACUUGGAAACUGUUGAGAAGUUGCUUCCUGUUGCUGAAGAAUUGGGUCUGUUGAGCCUUGCGGCGAAUAACCAACAGCUUUUGGUCAACGGUGUUGCCCCUCUUUUGGUUGAAGGUGCCCCCUUCCUUCUGCCUGUUGUAGCCAAAGCAUUGGAAGUUGGUCCUUCUGCUUUCUACCUUGCUGCCGCUGUCAGCGGGGGGCUUGAGGCUUAUUUCAUUGCCAGCGGUGUUGACGUUCCAUUGAUCGGACUCCCAGCUGGUUUGAUCGGUGGACUUCUUCUUGUCCCAUUGACCAUCGCCACAGCUGGUGCCGGAGUUGCUCUUGGGAGCUUGAAGAAGUAA